UAUUUAUCAUUGUCACUGCGAGGAGGUUUGGUCCCCAGGCGAAACAGUGAAGGAGCAUUUGCUCAAAGAAACUUUGAGCAAGAGCUCAGCUGGAGUUGAUAGCUAAAGCUUCUUGGCAGGUAAGAAUCCACUGAUUUUCGCGAAGGCGGUUUCUUCGGAUAUCGCGUGUCUCAGCUGGUGUUUGCUGUUCUUAAACGAUGCUAAUAAAAAUAUUAGGAAAAAGUUGCCUGAAAUUAUUAACCCCAUUUCAAAAAAUGAUAUCUGACUUAAACAAAGGAAACGUAAAAAGUUAGGCCAGAGUGAAAGCUAGAUAAUUUGACAAAUUGGCUAAAAGUAAUAGAAUUGCAGAUGAUAUUAUAGUGAUAUGGUAUGCUAUAAUUUAAUUUGCAGUUGCUGGUUUCCACAUCACGAUUUUUCAAAAUGUCCGGGGGAAUACAUCUUCAAGACAUUAAUCUAAAUGAGGCAAAUCGGCCAUCCAAUACCUAUGUGAGCUGUUUGGACAGACAUAGCAGAGGCACAGAGGCCGGGUCUGAUUAUGUUUGUUUGGAUGACGAUCAACCAGAUAAUCUCUACUCCAGCAUCGUUAGCCGACAAAGCGGAGGAAUAGACGUUGGAUCUGACUAUGACUUUGAGAAAGGGUGCAGCCGUGGGAACGACAAUGAAGCUUAUGACACGAUGGACGAUUUACACAAUGGAAAAAGCGAAAAUGUAGUGAAGCAAGUCACAAAAUCAUCUGAGUCUAGAGACAGCUCUGAAGAAGGAACUGGAAUCGGAUUUCUGACAAAAAAGAGACUUGUUUUUGGAGUCACUGUGCUAGCUAUAGUUGUUGCUAUCAUUUUAGCGGUUGCCUUAGUUACACAAUCAGGGGAUGGAGAUGAACAACCAAAAAAAAACAAGAAAUCAAUGACCUGUCCAAAUGUUCCCACUACAGGAAUGAACUUUAUUGCAGAAGGAAAAACAGGAAUCAAAGGUCGUCAGUUUUUGGUGUGUUUUACUGACAAUCACCUUAAUGCAAGGAACCAGAGCAAGACUAUAUUUAUUUUAUCAGAUGAAGAUUUUGAUUAUAAAUUGAUUUCGAAGUUUUCCGAUUCAACAAAACUGUUCAACGAAGUAGAAACACAAUCCACAAACUUGAAGGAGAUAAAUGUCACAAACAUGAUUUCACUGUUACAUUUCAAAAUCGAAGAAAAGGCAGUGUUCGUCGAGGCUUCAAAAGACGUUUCAGUCAUCAUUAUUGACAAUUAUAAAACUACCUCUGAUAGCACUGGAAUUUUACCAAUUCAGUCUUUAUCUAAUGCGUACGUCAUUUCUACUCCUAGGCCAUACAACAGUUCACAAUAUACUCAAUUUGCAAUAGCUUCUCCAGCAAAUGGAACCAGAAUUAAAAUCCGUUUUUAUUUUGAUCCAGAUUUGCCAAAGGUAAUUAAUGGAAUUACUUAUCGAAAUGGAAGUGAGUUCAUUCUUAUUCUAAAUGAACUCCAAACAUAUCAAAUAUGGCACAAGGUUGAUAUGACUGGGACGUUAAUAAAUGCUUCAUCGCCUGUAGCGGUUUUUGCCGGGAGUCAUUGCCAAAAGAUACCUUUCGAAAAUCGAAGCAAUGCUGGAUUUUGCAGUAAGCUUGAUGAACAACUUCCACCUAUUGACAGGCUGGAUAAUAUGUAUAUAGUCCCACCUACCUAUAAUAGAAUGGGGACAGUUUUGAAAAUAGUAUCUCCUUUCGAAACCCGCAUUACAUAUAAAAUAGGGAGUAGAAUAACAGAAAAAAUACUCCAACCCAACGGAUACCUUCAAAUCACUUUCUUAAAAGAAGAUGUAGUUGUGAUAGAUUCAGAAAAUCCCGUUUUGGUCACCAGUUUUUCUACGGGAUCUGAUUCAACAGGGGACCCCUACAUGAUAGCUAUGCCAGGAAUAAGGCAGUAUUCAGAUAAUUACCUAGUAGAAGUUCCUGGAAAUUUCAAAGAAAGUUACAUCAGUUUAAUAAUCGAAGAAAAAUCACUUUAUAACCUGGUUUUGAAUGGAACAGAAAUAAUACAUUUUUUGAAUGAAAGAAAAUUCUACGCUACCGUGACGUUAAGAAAAAUCAAAUUUGUCGUACUGGUUUUACAAAUAUCGGAAGGUAUGUUAAAAAUUAAAUCUACAAAUAAUGCUUCCUUCGGAUUAAUUGUGUACGGUCAUAGAAAAAAUGACGGACAUGGAUUUGCAGGAAAAGCAGUGUUACCUGAUAUUUGUAUCAAUUCUAACUAGUAAAUAACAUUAGUUUUCUUUGCUUCUAGAAACUUGUCCUUUUUAAAGUAACAGUUAA